GAAAGUGAAAUCAUCCAGACGGAAUGAAGCCUGUCUGCUCAGUCUCCAAGGCUAGGGCAGAAAACGUGCCCAAGUCUCUGGGUUAUUGGGAUAUCCGUGAGCUGGGUCACGCCAUCCGCCUGCUCCUGGAAUACACAGAAACAGGCUAUGAAGAGAAGAGAUACGCCAUGGGGGACGAUCACCUUUGCAGACUUCCUCGUCUAUGAUGUCCUUGAUCAGCAUCGAAUGUUUGAGGCCACGUGCCUGGACGCCUUCCCAAACCCGAUGGACUUCGUGGCCCGCUUUGAGCUGGGUCACGCCAUCCGCCUGCUCCUGGAAUACACAGAAACAGGCUAUGAAGAGAAGAGAUACGCCAUGGGGGACGCUCCUGACUAUGACAGAAGCCAGUGGCUGAAUGACAAGUUCAAGCUGGACCUGGACUUUCCCAAUCUGCCCUACUUAAUUGAUGGGUCACACAAGGUCACCCAGAGCAAUGCCAUCCUGCGCUACCUUGGCCGGAAGCACAACCUGUGUGGAGAGACAGAGGAGGAGAGGAUCCGUGUGGACAUUUUGGAGAAACAGGUCAUGGACACUCGAAUUCAGAUGGGCAUGCUUUGCUACAGCGCUGACUUUGAGAAACGGAAGCCAGAGUUCUUGAAGGGCCUCCCAGAUCAGCUGAAACUCUACUCGGAGUUCCUGGGGAAGCAGCCAUGGUUUGCAGGGGACAAGAUCACCUUUGCAGACUUCCUCGUCUAUGAUGUCCUUGAUCAGCAUCGAAUGUUUGAACCCACGUGCCUGGACGCCUUCCCAAACCUGAAGGACUUCAUGGCCCGCUUUGAGGGCCUGAGGAAGAUCUCUGCCUAUAUGAAGACCAGCCGCUUCCUUCCAAGUCCUGUGUACUUAAAACAGGCCACGUGGGGCAAUGAGUAAGACCAUGCAUGGAGUGCCGGUGUUGGUGGGGAAGAUCUAUCAGUGUGCCUGUCACCGUGAACACUGACCGGGCCACAGCUAGCUUCCAGUAACUUCUCUUCAUCAAUCUUCCCAUUUUUUUCCCUCUGUCUUUUCAUUAACUUUCCCUCUACAAGAACUCCUUGUCUCCCCUUUCACUCAAGCCUCCAAUGUCAGCUCCCUGUCCUCAGCAAAGUCCUUUGCUUCCCUUGUUUCUUUCUGCCAUGUUUCUAACCAGACAAUCUUUCACUGCACUUUGAGCAGCUUAGCCCAAAGAUCCAUACUCCCCAGUAUGCAGGCUCCAUCUCCAGAGUGGGAAGGCCCAGUCUUGUGUGAGCUCUAGUAAAGUGUUAUCCAUACUA